AUGGGUCCAGAUUCAAAAUACUCGUUUGCCACUGGAUUGGCCGUACCGGGUAACCCGGUGAUGCAAGAGACACCAGCGUCUUCGCCAUAUAUGACAAGUGAUGAUGAAAAUAUCCUCGACAUUGAUGAUGAUGAUUCAAAGUCCUCGAGUGAGGAUCCUCCAGAUAAUUCGCCGUAUGCCCAAGUACGAGCUUCGGUCCCGGCGACGGACGAUAUCUCCCUUUCUAUUAACACACCUCGGAUGUGGAUUCUCUCUUUGUUAUUCUCUUUGACGGGGUCCGCUGCCAAUCUUUUCUUUUCUUUGCGCUAUCCUAGCGUUGCCAUUACCCCAAUUAUUGCCCUUGUUCUAGUUCAUCCACUAGGCAAGUUUUGGGAUGUGCUCUUUAAACAAACAGGUGACCCUCUCGAGAUUUUCGAGAACGGAUCCCUUCAUCACCGGGAGUUACUCUCUGGCGAGAUCGAUUCCCCCCCUGUACCAUUGGCGUCCCGAGUCAGACUUUGGGUUGCCCAGGGCCGUUGGAACGAGAAAGAGCAUGCUUGUGUCUAUAUUAGCAGCAAUGUUUCCUUUGGAUUUGCUUUCGCCACUGAUGUUAUUGUCGAGCAACAUAAAUUCUACAACCAGGAUGUCCCAGUUAUAUAUCAACUGCUGCUCAUCAUAUCCACUCAGGUUUUGGGAUAUGCAUUCGCGGGUCUAACUCGACGAUUCCUGGUGCGGCCAUCGGCUAUGAUCUGGCCGGGUACACUAAUGUCCACUGCAAUGUUUUCCACAAUGCACAAGUCUGUCAAUAAAAAGGCAAAUGGGUGGAGCAUCUCCCGAUAUAAAUUCUUCGUCAUUGUGUGGGGAGGAGCGUUCCUCUGGUAUUUUGUUCCAGGACUGUUGAUGCCUGCUCUAAGUUAUUUUAAUGUGAUCACUUGGUUGGCACCCAAAAAUGUGGUGGUUUCGAACUUGUUUGGUGUUGCCUCUGGCCUUGGGAUGUUCCCCUUGACCUUUGAUUGGGCUCAGAUUGCCUACAUUGGCUCCCCAUUACUCACGCCUUGGUGGGCCGCAGCCAACAUCGUGACGGGACUGGUGCUUGUCAUCUGGAUAGCCGCUCCGAUACUUUACUAUAAAAAUGUUCUUUUCUCUGCAUAUAUGCCCAUCGUUUCAACGGCAGUAUUCGACAAUGCUGGGCGACCAUACAACGUGAGCCGCAUUUUGACGACGGACUUUUUGUUCGAUGAAAAGGCCUAUCAAGAUUACUCCCCGGUUUAUCUCCCAAUUACCUAUGUGCUGUCUUACGGUGUUCAGUUUGCUGCUUUGACAUCCCUCGUCACUCACACCAUUUGCUGGUAUGGAAAGGACAUCUGGCAACAGACUAGAAAGGCUUUUGAGGAAAGACGAGAAGUUCCAGGCAUGGAGACGUACCAGCCCCUUCGUGGCAGUAAUGCUACGAUUCGACAGAGUUUUGAAAUCCCAAGGACCAGUUCGCAUGCACCAGGCCAGGAAAUUCCAUUGGGUGGGGAAGAUGUUCAUUGCCGCUUGAUGAGACGCUACAAGGACGCUCCUCUCACGUGGUACCUGAUCGUGUUCAUCUCUAUGCUCGCCAUUGCCAUCUUCACAGUGGAAUAUUAUCCCACACACCUACCUUGGUAUGGGCUACUCUUGGCUCUUGGUAUUACCUCUUUGUUUUUCAUCCCAGUGGGCAUCAUCAUGGCCGUCACCAAUCAACAUAGCAGUCUGUAUCUGAUCUGCCAACUCCUUUGCGGUAUUGUAUUCCCGGGAAGACCUGUGGCGAACAUGAUUUUUGUGACCUACUCAUAUAUCAGCUCUGCACAAGGGAUCAAAUUCUCCUCGGACCUCAAACUUGGCCAUUACAUGAAGAUCCCACCACGAAUUCUGUUUGGUGUCCAGAUGAUGGCGACUUUGGUCUCAAGUCUGACCCAAAUCGGCGUGCUGAACUGGAUGUUCAAUUUUGUCCCGGGACUUUGCACCCCGGAAGCUAUCAAUGGUUUCAAUUGCCCCAUUGCUCGAGUUCAUUUCAACGGUAGCAUUCUCUGGGGAGUCGUUGGCCCCCAGCGCUUCUUUGGCCCAGGAGGGCUAUAUCGUCCGCUUGUCUGGGCCUUUUUGAUGGGAGCCGUCGCCCCUCUCGGAGCAUGGCUUCUAGGGAGACACAGCAAGAAGAGCUUCUGGCGUAUGGUCAACUUCCCUAUCUUGUUUGGCAGUCUGAGCUGGAUACCACCUGCAACCGGGCUCAACUUUUCCAUCUGGGGCCUUGUGUGUUUCGUAUUCAACUAUGUGAUCCGCCGAAGGAGGACCGCAUGGUGGGAGAAAUAUGCAAUGACCUUGUCGGCCGCAUUGGAUUCUGGGUUGGCAUUUGCCGUGGUCGUUGUCUUCUUCGUCUUCAUUUACCCAGGCUGGGUCGAUGGUUUCAAAUGGUGGGGGACGGAGAUUUAUAAACAAGGCUGUGAUUGGAUUGCUUGUCCAUACAAACCACUGGAACCGGGUCAGCGAUUCGGUCAGUAG